AUGGCUGCAAAACUAGUGAGAAAAUGCUUGGUUUUGCUGGUUUUAGUUCUCUUGCUUGUUGUUCCUGCAUUUUCUUUUCCAUUAAAAAGACGAAAACCUUUGAAUGUGAUCAAAGAAAUAAACCACAAAGGGCCUUAUCUUGGUCUGGUUACAGUGUAUCCACCCGAAGAGAAUGCUUUUUUUGCUACUGGGAUUUUCAAGCCUCACAGGACUCUGGAUUUGUCAGGCAGACGAUUUCUGGUGGGGAAGAUCCAUGAGAAGAAAGUUAUCUAUGUGAGAUGUGGAGUUGGAAUGGUGAACGCAGCUGUAGCAACUCAACAGAUGCUGGAUCUAUUUGACAUAAAAGGAAUUGUCCAUUUUGGCAUUGCUGGGAAUUUAAAUGAUUCUUUGUCCAUUGGAGAUGUUUCCAUUCCCAAACAAAUUGCUCACACCGGUAUUUGGGAGUGGCUGAACCCCAAGGGAAAAUUGAACCCUAAUUAUGUUGCUCACUUGGAUGUGGCAAGCUACAAUGUACCGAAAGGUAAAGGAAGAAAUUUGUUGGGGCGUAUUGGAUAUAGCAAAGAGGAAUUCUUCUCCGAGUUGGGGAAGCCCAAUGCAGCUCGGCCACUGGUUUGGGCACAAAUUAGUCAGCAUUGGUUGCAUCUUGCUCACAACUUGAAGGUAUGA